UAAUUAUUUAUAAUUAUCUUUACACUGUUCUUCUUCUCCACUGAGUCAGUCACACAUCAUCACCACCACAGUGUGUGUCAGUGAGAGUCAUGGUUGGACCAUCUCGCCCUCAAUUCGUUCUGUUUGGUUCUUCCAUUGUUCAGCUCAGUUUCUUGAAAGAAGGUUGGGGCGCUAUUCUUUCUCAUCUCUAUUCUCGCAAGGCGGAUAUAGUUCUGCGAGGAUACUCUGGUUGGAAUACAAGGCGCGCUGUGCAGGUUCUGGAUACAAUUUUUCCCAAGAAUGCCACUGAGCAACCGUCGUUGAUAAUUGUGUACUUUGGUGGCAAUGAUUCUGUUCUUUCACAUCCAAGUGGCCUUGGUCAACAUGUACCUCUUCAAGAAUACAUUGAUAAUAUGAAGAAGAUUGCUAACCAUCUCAAGAGCCUGUCAAAGAAGACUCGCCUGAUAUUUCUCAGUGCUCCUCCUGUCAAUGAGGCACAAAUUUAUGGAAACAGUUGUGUAAAGAGGCCGCCAAGGAAUAACGAAUCGUGUCGAAUAUAUUCAGAAGCAUGUUUGGAACUUUGCCGCGAGAUGAAUAUCAAGGCCAUUGAUCUGUGGUCUGCAAUCCAAAAAAGGGAUAACUGGCGAAAUGUUUGCUUCACGGAUGGAAUUCAUCUGACAUCUGAGGGUAGCAAGAUAGUUGUGAAAGAGAUACUUAAUAUCCUCAAAGAAGCAGAUUGGGAACCUUGCUUGCACUGGAAGUCACUGCCAGAUGAAUUUGGAGAAGAUUCACCUUACGAUCCGCUUGGCCCAGAUGAAAAAACCUUGAAUGUUUCCAGCUUGACCUUUAUGGAAACCAUGGAAUAUGACUGAUGUGCAUUUGGGAGCUAAAGACAUGCCCUAUUCUUUGAAUCAUUUGAAAACAAUCACGAAUAACAGGAAUUCAGAACUGUGCCUAAUUAAAGAAAAAUGCUGUUCUUAGUUCCCAUAUCACUUUUCCCAGGUUUUUCACCAUGCAAGUGUGAACUCUCUGACUAUAUAUGAUUGAGUGAAUUGCUUAAAAUAUUUCACCAUUUUAUGAGUUUUAUGUCUUUAGUGAAUGUUUUAUAGAUUUGGAUCAUUUCAUGAUAAAAUGAUUCCACAAAGAUUCGUCAAUUUUUUUCUUCAUAAAUAUCGAUAAA